UGUAUAUUUUUUACUUAUUCAUGUUAAUAAAAUAAUACGACCAUAAUAAUAAUAAUAAUACAAAAAUUCAGCACUCUGACAUGACUUGACUGAAAGUGACAUUUUGUAAAACUCAUUAGAGGGACAGUUUUGGGGCCCAAGUGUAGAAAGCAUAUCUUUUUAAGGGCCCUUAAGGUUUAAAUAUAAGGGACAUUUCAUCAUCUUAUAUUACUCAGGUCAGUAUUAUUUAGAAAGGAAUGUAUUCACUGAUACGUAUAUCACAUGUUUCCAUUAAGGGAAGCAAAAUGAACUUUGUGUUGACGUUGUGAAGCCCUCAAGGUUUUCAUGUUGACUAAACACUAUCCCUGUUGGUGGACAAAUGUCUCCAAACCGGAGUACUCACAGCAUCCGACCAAAGUGAGUACAUUUGGACAUUUUCAUACAGUAUAUCCAGUCAAGGGACAUUAACAUAGAGAUGUACUGUACAUAUAGAUGAGUGUAGUCAGUGUGCAGCUUGUACAGAACAGCAGUAUGCUGUUCAGUUUAGCUCUAUACUGAAGUCUGUGCUAUGAAUGCAGCCUCUGUUGGUUUUUUCCAGCACUGGAAUUUACAAGUCACCACAAACAUUUACACUAGGAUCUUUUGGAUGUGAGGAGGAAGAGGAGGGGUGACUCAUGGUUUUUGGACUUUCCUUUUUUGCUCACAUUCUCCCGACUUUGAGACACAUAAUGUAAUGAUUUUACAACAAAAUAUCUCUUCAAGGUACAAUACUAUUGAUAGUAAACUAGUUUAACUAGUAAACAGUUCCUGACUGAUAAAGAUGGCGGCAUGUUGAGAAGACAUGUUAACCUUGCUAACUUGUUUUCAACCAAGAGAUUACAAAUGAGCACCUAUUCGUCAUCCACUGAUUUUCUUUCAGAAUAUUUACAGUAUCGUAUUUCUAUAUUUACUUUAUUAUUGCUUUGUUAUGGUACGGAUUCUAACCAUACCGUUUACUUUUUUUGCGUUGCUACAUCUCCUUAGCACUAGUGCCAUCUACCGUCCGAGAAGGUCAUUGCAACGAAGGGAUCACAGCGACGCAAGAGUCUGAAGUUGGGGGUUGCACCAGCCAGCCAGCCAGAGAGGGAGGGAUGAAAGAAGGAUGUAGGCGGUGCUUUGCCGCCUCCUCCUCCUCAGCAGCAGCUGGUGCUCCUCCUCACUAGUGAGCUGCAAAUGAAUGAAGUCACACGGAGAGCUGCAGCGUCCUUGCAUUGCAUUGCUUUGCUUUGACAUAAGAGGACUUAUAACUUAAACGAAUCUUGCAGGCUGGAAUUGAAAACGUUGGAUUAUUUUUUGGGGGGCAUUUGGGGUUUCAUUUAACCACCCAGGAUUUAUUAUUCUCCUCCCUGGAAGUUGCUGCAAGUGGAUGAUUUUUUUUGUUGUUGUUGUGGUUUAAAUUGCACCGGGAGAGUAAAUCUGGUUCAGGUAUUACGUUGUGAGUGAUUUAAGGUUUUGCAUCGGAAGAUUAAGAAGAAAAAAAAAUGUGAUUCAGCGUUCGAUGCUGUGGGUGAGCUCAGUGGGUCCAAACAGCUGUGUCGUGUCGAGACAUUCGUGGAUUAACCUUUCUUUUCCCUCCCCCUACCUCCUUGACAAGCUCCCUCAAAAAAAAAAAAAAAAAAAAAAAAACAGCCUUGCGCCAAAAUGCGCCUCUUUUUAAUGCAAUCAACCACAUGAGUGGAGCCUAAACAAACAGUGUGCUAUAAUUACACCAACCGCCACCCCUUCUUUUUUCCAUAUCUGCUGAAAUAAUCCUGCUGGAAAAAUAUGGAAAGUGAGGUUUUUAGUCCUCUGCUGGAUCACUUCAUGCUGUCGCCUCUGGUCUGCUGGGUGAAGACUACCGGGCAGUCCAAAGUGAAAGAUGGCAACAAACUAUCGGAAUAUGUGGAAUUAGUGGAUGGAGUCUACCUCAAUGAGGUCAUGCUGGAGAUAAACCCCAAGGCCACGGUGCAGAGGACCAACAAGAAGGUGAACAACGACCCCACGCUACGCAUCCAGAACCUCUCCAUUCUCAUCCGGCAGAUCAGAACUUACUAUCAGGAGACUCUCCAGCAGCUGGUGAUGAUGCCCCUUCCGAAUGUGCUGGUCCUGGGCCGCCACCCCCUCACUGAGCGAGGUCUGGAGGAGAUGAAAAAGAUGCUGCUGCUGCUGCUCGGCUGUGCUGUUCAGUGUGAGAAGAAGGAAGACUACAUCGAACGCAUCCAGACUCUGAAUUUCGACACCAAAGCAGCCAUAGCGUCCCACAUUCAAGAGGUGACGCACAACCAGGAGAACGUAGUGGACCUCCAGUGGUUGGAAAGUGGAGAAAUGCCUCCCGACGACCUGGAGAACCUGUCCAGGAACCUGGCCCUUCACCUCAAACAUGUGGUGGAUGAACGUGACACACAGCUGGAGACUAUCGUGGAGCUAACCCAGGAGAGAGACUGUGUGCAGCUCUCCCCGCUGGGUCCCGGUCCGGCCCAGUCCCCCAAUGGCUCCCCCAGCAUGAGGAGGACGGAGAGCCGGCAGCACCUCUCUGUGGAACUGGCCGAUGCGAAGGCCAAGAUCCGACGUCUGCGGCAGGAAUUAGAGGAAAAGAGCGAGCAGCUACUAGACACCCGGCAGGAGUUGGAGAACAUGGAGGUGGAGCUCAAGAAGCUUCAGCAGGAGAGCUACCAGCUGCUGUCGGACGCCCGCUCGGCUCGGGCGUACCGCGACGAGCUGGACGCACUUCGGGAGAAAGCCAUCCGUGUGGACAAACUGGAGAGCGAGCUGAGUCGCUACAAGGAGAGACUUCACGACAUUGAGUUUUAUAAAGCCAGAGUGGAGGAGCUGAAGGAAGACAAUCAGGUUCUUCUGGAGACCAAAACUAUGUUGGAGGAGCAGCUGGACGCCAGCCGAACCCGAUCUGACAAACUCCACCUCCUGGAGAAGGAGAACCUGCAGCUGAAAUCCAAAAUGCAUGACCUGGAGAUGGAACGAGACUUGGAUCGUAAGAAAAUGGAGGAGCUGUUGGAGGAGAACCUUGUGCUUGAGAUGGCGCAGAAACAGAGCAUGGAUGAGUCUUUGCACUUGGGUUGGGAGCUGGAACAACUGUCCAAAACACCAGAAUUGACCGAAGCCCCGCAGAAGUCUCUCGGCGAUGAGGUGAACGAGCUGACCUCCAGCCGUCUGCUGAAGCUGGAGAAGGACAACCAGACCUUGCUGAAGACGGUGGAGGAACUCCGAGGAGCUGCCGGUCACGACAACAUCACAAAACUAGGCAAAGUCAACCAGGAGAAUCAGAGACUCAACCAAAAACUGCAGCAGCUGGAAAGCGAACUGGCAGCCGAAAGAGAGUCGCUCUGCAGCGCCGAGCGUCUGAGUACUGACCUGAUGAAAGAGAAGGCCUUGCUGGAGAAGACUCUGGAAACCCUCAGAGAAAACUCAGAGAGACAGAUGAAAGGCCUGGAACAGGAGAACAAGCACCUGAGCCAGACGGUGUCGUCGCUGCGUCAGCGUUGCCAGGUCGGCGCCGAGGCUCGGGUUAAGGACGUGGAGAAAGAAAACCGCAUCCUCCAUGAGUCCAUCUGUGAGACGACGGGCAAACUCAACAAGAUGGAGUUUGAACGGAAACAACUACGAAAAGAACUGGAAGCCAUGAAGGAGAAAGGCGAGAGAGCGGAGGAGUUAGAGGUUCUGAUGCAGAAGCUGGAAAAGGAUAAUGAAAGUUUGCAUAAGAAGGUGGCCAGCCUCGGAAUCACCUGUGAGAAGGUUUCUUCAUUAGAGAAGGAGAACACCGAGCUGGAGGCAGAAGGACGCCGACUCAAGAAGAAGCUGGAUGCUCUCAAGAAUAUGGCCUUCCAGCUGGAGGGGCUGGAGAAGGAGAACUCCCAGCUGGAGCAAGAGAACUUGGAGCUGCGACGCUCGGCCGAGAGCUUCCGCUCAGCCGGCACCAAGGCCAUUCAGCUGGAGGCUGAGAACCGGGAGCUGGAGAGCGAAAGGAGCCAGCUGAAACGCAGCCUGGAGCUCCUCAAAGCAACCUCCAAGAAGACCGAGAGACUAGAGGUGAGCUACCAGGGUUUGGAUACGGAGAACCAGCGUUUGCAGAAGGCGUUGGAAAACAGCAGCAAGAAGAUCCAGCAGUUGGAGGCGGAGCUGCAGGAGGUCGAGUCUGAGAACCAAACCCUUCAACGCAACCUGGAGGAGCUCAAGAUCUCCAGCAAGCGCCUGGAGCAGCUGGAGCAGGAGAACAAGACCUUGGAGCAGGAGAGCUCCCAGCUGGAGAAGGACAAGAAGCUUCUGGAGAAGGAGAACAAGCGGCUGAGGCAGCAGGCCGAGAUCCGGGACUCCAAGCUGGAUGACAGCAACCAGCGCAUCUCCAGUUUGGAGAAGGAGAACCGCACCAUGGGGAAGGAGAUGAUAUUUUUCAGGGACUCGUGCACUCGGGUCAAAGACCUGGAACGGGAGAACAAGGAGCUGGUCAAACAAGGCACCAUCGAUAAGAAGACCCUCAUCACGCUCCGAGAGGAGUUAGUAAGCGAGAAGCUACGUACUCAGCAGACCAACAACGACCUGGAAAAACUCACCCACGAGUUGGAGAAGAUUGGGCUGAACAAGGAGAGGCUGCUGCUGGACGAGAACUCUGACGACAGAUUUAAGCUCCUAGAAAGCAAACUGGAGUCGACUCUGAAGUCCUCGUUGGAGAUCAAAGAAGAGAAGAUCGCCGCCCUGGAGGCCAGACUGCAGGAGUCGUCUAACCUUAAUCAGCAGCUUCGGCAGGAGCUCAAGACGGUGAAAAAGAACUAUGAAGCUUUGCGGCAAAGGGAGGAAGAGGAGAGGAUGGUGCAAAGCUCGCCUCCUAGAGGUGUGGAGGACCCACAGGCGGUCAGCAAAUGGGAAAAGGAGAGUCACGAGGCUACCAGAGAGCUCCUGAAGGUCAAGGACAGACUCAUAGAGGUGGAGAGGAACAAUGCCACGCUGCAGGCUGAGAAAGUGGCGCUGAAGAGCCAGCUCAAACAACUGGAGACGCAGAGCUCCAACCUGCAGGCUCAGAUUGUAGCCGUGCAGAGACAGACAGCCUCCCUGCAGGAGAACAACACCACCCUGCAGACACAGAACGCCAAGCUGCAGGUGGAGAACUCCACCCUGAGCUCACAGGGCACCACCCUCAUGGCCCAGAAUGCCCAGCUGCAGAGCCUGCAGAGCAGCAUGGAAGGCGAGCGUGAAGGGGCGCUGAAGGAGAAGGAGGAACUCCGGUCCACCUACGAGCUCCUCCUGCGUGACCACGAGAAGCUGGCAGCGCUUCACGAGAGGCAGGCGGCAGAGUAUGAAGGCCUCAUCGGGAAGCAUGGCGGCCUGAAGAGCUCUCACAAGAGUCUGGAGCAGCAGCACCGAGACCUGGAGGACAAGUACAAGCAGCUCCUACAGAAGAAAGGAGAUCUGGAGGAGCUGGAGAAGAAUCUGAAGGAGCAGCAAGACAAAAUGACCUUGGAGAACCAAAGCCACCGAGACACAGCCAACCAGUAUAAACUGCUCAAAGAGGAAAACGACAGACUAAACACAACAUACCGCCAGUUACUGAAGGACAACGAGAGCCUCCAGGUGGAUCACAAGAACAUCAAGAGUCAGCUGAAUGGCGCCAAGCUGGAACAGACCCGACUGGAGGCUGAGUUCUCCAAGCUAAAGGAGCAGUACCAGCAGCUGGACAUCACCUCCACCAAGCUGACCAACCAGUGUGAGCUGUUGAGCCAGCUGAAGGGCAACCUGGAGGAGGAGAAUCGUCACCUGCUGGACCAGAUCCAGACCCUGAUGCUUCAGAACCGCACCCUGCUGGAGCAGACCAUGGAGAGCAAAGAUCUGUUUCAUGUAGAGCAGAGACAGUAUAUCGACAAGCUGAAUGAGCUGAGGAGACAGAAGGAGAAGCUGGAGGAGAAGAUCAUGGACCAGUACAAGUUCUACGACCCCUCUCCUCCCCGCAGGCGUGGCAACUGGAUCACCCUGAAGAUGAAGAAGCUGAUCAAGCCCAAAAGCCGCGAGAGAAUUCGCUCAGUCACGUUGACUCCGUCCCGUUCCGAUUGCAGCGACGGUUUCCUGGUUUUCCCGGCCGAUAGCCAGGACAGCUCGUCCAUCGGCUCCGGCUCCAACUCGCUGGAUGACACGCUCACGCAAAAGAGGAGCAGCAGGAGGAGAGGGCAGCGGUGCCUUGCCCAAGAGCAGGGCCCCACCAAUGCUUUAAAAAGGUUGCCUUUCAUGAGGAACAGAUCCAAGGACAAAGACAAGGCCAAGGCCAUCUACCGACGCUCCAUGUCCAUGAACGACCUCCUGCAAACCAUGGCGGUGGCCGGCGGCCCUGGCGCCGACUGGGCUGGCAGCUCUGAGCACCUGGAUGGCGCCGAGGCAGGAGACAUGGACGGAGGGCGUCGCGGCGGCCAGCGCAUGAAGGAGCUGGCCUUUUCCACCAACGCCAUCGAUUGUGCGGCGCUCACACUGCCCUCUGCUGGACAUAGGAAGGCCAAGCACAGACUCCAAAUCAAAGAUAACGCCUCCUGUGAAGAUGUUGCCGCUUCCUCGGACGACCCAAAGAGUCAAGCUUCCAGACCCUCCAGUUGCCAUAGCAACAGGACCACCAGUAGUAAUAGUAACAAUAACUCCCAGCUCACCUCUCCCCUCGAGGGCAAAGGCACGUUAAACGGGACCCUGAGUCGUCCUCACAGCGAGAGCAGCGGCGAGUUCAGCCUGAGUUUGGACCAGGAGGCGUGGUCCAGCAGUGGCAGCAGUCCCGUCCAGCAGCCUUCAUCCUCGCGCUCUUCCCACCAGAGCCCCGUGCCCCCUCGAUGCACUCUGGAGCCGCCGGGGACCACCACGGGUAGCCCCGCCCCGCUCCAGAUCAGGAAGACUGCGUCCCCGGGCAGCGAGGUGCUUUCUCUGCAGCAGUUCCUUGAUGAGGGCAUCGACCCGGCGGAGUCGGGCAGCCAGGAGAACCUGACGGUGGACUCUCCUCGCCUCUCCACGUCUUCUGACCGCACCCCAAAAGAGCGCCCCACGACCAGAGGGCGUGGCAUCUUACGCUCAUCCAGCGGGAAAGCGGCACCGGUCAGCGCAGAUCGUCCGCCCAGAUCCUCGGGGCAACCGGGACGCCCAACCUUACGCAAGGCGGAGAGCACCCGCGUGAGGGGCUCGGCCCGCCCCGUCCUGUCCUCACAGGGCAAGGCCACGUCGGUGUCAGAGCGGCUCGACUCCGCCUCCUCCACGUUGCCCCGUGCCAGCAGCGUCAUCUCCACGGCGGAGGGCAGCUCGCGGCGCACCAGCAUCCACGACAUGCUGUCCAAGGACGUGCGCCAGCCCGUGUCCGUUGACGCGUCACCUCCCGUCAGCGCCAAGCCCGGGGUCCGUGCCCAUCCCACGCCCAGUGAGUACCACCCAAAGGGACCCUGUAGCGCCACCAUGCCCAAGUCAGUCAGCUUACCCUGCAAUAACUCUGACGACCCCGACCUCCCUACCCUUGAGUCUUUCCUCGGGCCUUCCUUCACUGCGGAGUCGGUCUUCAUGGACUCCAUUUUUAGUGAGUCGGCGGAUAAAAACCUCCCCUUCCUCUCCAUCAACCCCACCCUGGUCAGCAACAUCAGCGGACCCCCGCUCGCCAAGUACACCCCCAGUCAAAACCACACCACCCAGCAGAGCCAAUCAGAUGACCUAAUGAGGUCUGGCACUGAAAGUGUGGACCAUUUGGAUCCGGAGGAGAACCAGUCGCUGUGGUUCGAGUACGGGUGUGUGUGAAGGAUGGAAGGGGGGAGGUUCUGACCCGCUGACACAUGACACACACUCACGGAACUUGUGCAUGAAUAUUUAUCACAACACUAUCUCUACUUUGUGUGUUUGUGUGGGGGGGGCUGUUUUUCUGUUCUGUUUGUUCCAUGGUGCCGGGUUGCGGGGGUGCCUUUUAUUUGUUGUUGUUUUCAUUUCGGAAACCUGGUGUCUGUUCCUCUCCACCCCUGUUGUUUAUUUGAACCUGACUAUUAGCUACAUGAGAGUUAUUGUUUCCGUUAAUAGCGACCUUGAACACAACAUGAAUGUCAUUCUUCACAUGCAUGCUGCCAAUCUUUCAUAUUCAUGGAUUCAUCUUUGUGGUUGGAUAUUAUUUCCUCUCGGAUGUGGGUUUCUUUGUCUUGGGGGCUAAAAUGAUGGUCGGAGGGGGGAAGUGGAAAUGACGGAAAAGCAAGUUUAUGUAAAGGAAGGUCAUGAAAGUGAUGCUGAGGGAUUGUACAUACACGCUAAUUUAUCAUCUGUCAAAGACGAGCACUGCUUCCUGUGCUAGACUUGUUUUGAUUGGUUAUUUAUUCCCACUAGUUGUUGUUGUUAUCAAUGUGUGUGUGUGUGUGUGUGUAUUUUUCACAACCACAUUGCUUUGUCCCACAGAUGUGGAGGGCAGAAAAUCAAAAAGCAGGAGCGGCGAACCGCAGCCGCCAAGCUGCUAAGCCCCGCCCACGUCUUCCCCUACUGGAAGUGCGUGGUGAGUGCAUGCAGGGAGGUGGGUUCAGGGUGGGGGUGGGGGUUCUUGUCUCCAUGGGAACCUCAAACAUGGUGUCAUCCCUCACUCGGUGCACAGACGUCGCCUAACGUCACGUUAGUGACUGCAUGGCUUUUUGCCCCUCCCACCACCCCCCUCUCGACCCCCUCCACGACUCGUCCGCUUUCUACAUGUCGUUCCCGGCUGGCUGCUUCCCUUUUCCUUUCAUUCCAUUCAUCGUCAUUAUCAACUUCCUUUUCUACUUCCUGUUUGUCUCGACGUGAAUCUCAACCCCUCACAUUUCAGAAAGCAUUUUAUGGCAUCUAUUCAGACAAUAUCAGCGUGUAGUAAAUCUAUACUGCUAUUCAAGCUGUACACUGACUUCUCUUAAGUACAAUCAGCUUUGAUUUCUUGAGUAUUACUGAUUUAAUUGUCGUAAACAUGCUUGCUGAAAUGUGAGAUGCUGUAUUUUCUUGUCUGUUUCUAAACUUCUCUUGUCAUCUUCACACUGCUUCUAUUUCUUCUAUUUUUCUUCUUCUUCUUCUUCUUCUUCUUCUUCUUGGCUGGCCGGCGAACUCAGCAAGCGAAGCGGCCUCGGAGUGUCUGAAGUCGAGUAGAGAGCGGCGAUUGAAGCAGCGAGAGAGGAAAAGAUUGUAAAAUCCUUGUUUAUUUCUUCCCGUUCCUCCAGUAGAGAAAUUUUGCUUUCUUCUCCGUUUUGUUUUUCUUCCUUGAAUCAAGGAAACAGACGAAGAUGCCCCAGUUAUCUCUCCGCCCCUUUUUUGUUCAUUUGUUUGUUUGUUUGUGGCAGACCACACUGCCACGUGUUCUUCAGCGUGAUGGACUGUGAUGAUGCACUAAACUUUCUAAAAAUAAAAAGACAAUUUAAGUGCCAAUGUUCAAAUCACAGCCAAAAAAAAGAUAACGAGGAGGAUGAUUCUGUUUGAACAACACAAGUCUUACAAGCUUCCAAGUGGAGAAUGACAAUGUGCACGGAGCAAUCAGUGGACCAAUCAGCACACUCAAAAAUGACUGCAUAAGCCAUGACGGUUGCGUGUGUACUGUAUGUAUGUGUCAUCUUAACUCAUGUUAACAAUAGGAUUAAUUCAAGCAGUUCUCUGUCAUCUUAUUCACACAGAAAAGCACACACACAUUCUUUCUGUUAGCCAACUUACAGGAGUGUCUAGCUGAACUUUGACCUGCAGAUCCGUUAUUGUUGCUGUGACGACGAACACGAUGGCGCUGAUGAGUUUUCCUGCUUUUCCACUUUUACAUAAAUCCAUUUGAUGUCAUUAAAAUUCAUCAAGAGCACAGUGUGUGUGUGUUUUUUUCAUAAUGUUUAU